AUGUCGUCUCAGGCGAAACCCCACAGAUCGUCGAAAAGACCGCCAUUGGCCACGAUCGAAUCGUGUCUCACAAGGCUAUUGGUUGCUACCAGAGAUCUUCUGGAAAUGUUACCCAAAUGGGCACAGCUUAAAGCAACAGAAGCUGACGUUUCAGAUGCCUAUGUUAGAUUGGGAAACGAGUUCAAGGUUACUUGUAGAGCCUUUUCCAGUGCUGGGGUAGAUAUUACUGAUUUAGGGGAUGUUCCUCAGAAGCUUAGAGAAGUCCUUGAGUCUGCAUUGGUUGAGGAGCCAUCUCAGGAAAUUCUGGACAGGUUUUUGCCUACGAUCCGGAAAAUUAUUGUGGGUAUGGUCGAGAAUCUGAAGACUAAGAAGGAAGCAGUCAAGCAGAUUAAGUCUGAUAGGAACAGUUUGAAGUCUCAAGGCAUUUCGGGGCCUUCUGUGACGUCGGAAAGUGCGAAACAUCGAUCAGAUAACGGUUCGAUUGUCUCGAGUGAGAGCAAUUCGUCGAGUCGGCCUCAAUCAGCGUCUUCUCAUGUGGAUCCGCUAGCUGAACUGGAACGGGGCAACACCCUUCAAAGAAAGGCUUCAAAAAGAUUAUCAACAUACCAGUAUCAACAGAUUAUAAGUUACUCUCCUGGAAGAGAUCCUCCACUGACUGCGGCUGCCGAUAUCGGUUCACCUAGAUCUCCAUUGCCGACUUCACAAAGGAAGCAGCAGCACACAACGAUAUUUCUUAAGAUCGGAUCAAGAGUUCGCAAGACCAGUUAUGAGCCGGUGAGAAAUGUUGAAGACUUGAAGAUGCUGUUCAUAGAGGUAUUUGGUUACUCUCCUGGGUCUGAUUCGUUUCCAGAUGUAUACAUCCAAGACACGCACACUGGUGUUUCUUAUGAGCUGGAGGAAAAGUACCUUGAUGAGAUCAAAGAAGGCAGUAUUCUGUCCAUUACCCCGAAAUCUUCGGAUGAAUCGUAUCAUGCUGAUGGCUUUGACCAGAAGAUAUCUGCUUUGACGGAGAAGGUAGACUUGUUGCAAAAGUCUGUUAUUGCUGAAAUAGGAUCCAUAAAAGACCUUCCCCCAGUAUCCCAGCCUCAGGAGAAGAGAGAAAUUUCAAGCUCUCCUGAAAUACUCAAGAAGAUUGCUGAUUUACAACACCAAGUCACAAUAGCGAGACAAAUUGCGUCUGCCAACAAAAAGUCUAUGACAGUCUCUUUGAACAAACUCCUCGGUAAAUUUGGGGAUUUCCAAGAAACAAGUGCUCUGGCUGCCAAUUCAGCUGAUGACGUCUAUCUGGAGAACUCACUGGUCAAUUUGAGCAACGAAGCUUCAGAGAUGGUUCAGAAAACUGAUAUAAUACAGGAUACUCUGGAGCAGUUCAAGAAGGAUAUCACACAGAGAAGAAUCUGUCCCUCUCCAAAACAGAUUGAAAUGUUGCGCAGAGACAUGGAGAAUACUCGCUCUGAAGUUCUGAAGCUUUCUGAGUUCCUAGAAAAGGAAACUCCAAAUUGGCACAAGAUAUGGCAGGUGGGACUCAGCAAGGUGCUCGAAGGCAAGGACUUGCUGAAAAUGCAAACUGAAGUUAUCCAAGAUCUAAAGGAUGAUUUGGCUAGUGCUGACGACAUAUUCGAUACCAUUGAAAAGUGCUCAGAACAGAUGAUAAAGACCAAAAAGAGCAACGUUGCUUUGAACCUUCCACUGCCGGAGCCUGGUCAGAGUAUUAGCGAUGUGAAAAACGCAGUUCUUUCGGAAGUUGCAGCUCUCCAGCCGAAACAUGAGGAACGCGUGGCAGCAAUAGAACGUGCUGAAAGGAUUCGUGAGCGCCAGAAGGACCUGGAAAGGGAUGAAUUUUCAGAAGAACUGAGUGGGGUUGUUGAAGGGAAUAAACUGAAGAAGUCCGGUGGCAUAGAAGAAACUGAACGUGUAAGGAGGUUGAAGGAUGAACAGAACCUCAAGGGGCAGGCUAUAUUAUAA